AUGUUUGCUGCAAUUGGUAAGAAUCUCUCGGCGGCGGCCUCGGCGGUGGAAGCUGAAGUAUCUAAACAAGUGGAACGAAGGGAAUCAAUUUCAUCCCAAGAAAAGACCUUGGAAGAUCUGAAACAGAGCACUGGAACUGACUUCCCUGGCUCUGAUUACCACCCUUCCGACAGGAAAAACUGGAUGUCAAACCUCGACCCGGCAAAACUUCACAUCAACCAGAUCGUUUGGCCCGGAACCCACGAUUCUGCGACCAACGAGAUUGGCGUUCCGGCCAUCACCCGCCCCUUUGCAGAGUGCCAAAGCCGGUCGAUUUACGAUCAGCUGGUUUUAGGUACUCGGGUUUUGGAUAUCCGGGUUCAGGAGGAUCGAAAAGUCUGCCACGGGAUACUGUUGUCCUACAGUGUUGAUGUUGUGAUCAACGAUGUCAAGAAGUUCCUGUCCGAAACCCAAUCCGAGGUGAUCAUCCUUGAAAUCCGUACAGAAUUCGGGCACAAGGAUCCGCCUGAAUUCGACAAGUUCUUGGAGGAACACCUCGGGGAGUACCUGAUUCAUCAGGAUGACUCUGUUUUUGGCAAGACGAUUUCCGAAUUGUUGCCUAAUCAGAGAGUGAUUUGUGUGUGGAAGCCAAGGGAAUCGCCGCAGCCAAAACCGGGAUCUCCGUUAUGGAGCGCUGGAUAUUUGAAAGAUAACUGGAUUGACACUGAUUUGCCAAACACAAAGUUCGAGAGCAACCUGAAGCAUUUGAGCGAGCAGCCGCCGGUUACAUCCCGGAAAUUCUUUUACAGGGUUGAGAAUACUUUAACUCCUCAGGCUGAUAAUCCAGUUUUGUGGGUCAAACCUGUUACAGACAGAAUUCGUGGUUUUUCCAGACUGUUCAUAAAUCAGUGCUUUGCAAAGGGUUGUGCUGAUCGUUUGCAGAUUUAUUCAUCGGAUUUUAUUGAUGAAGACUUUGUUGAUGCUUGUGUCGGCCUAACUCAUGCCAGGAUUGAAGGGAAGGCUUAG